ACAACCAGCGACUUGAUCCGUGAAUGAUUCACGCUGUUAAAGUGUUUUAAGGUUGAGCGUGAAGCUGGACUUCCAUUGGAAUCAACGUAUACCGCUGGACUGGCCGUAAAGGCACUUGUUAUCGACCAGUUUUAUACCUUUUAUUUAUUCGGUAGCCCUCCAUGUUAGCCGGCAGACAUCCAGCGUUGUCAAUCCUCCUGCCAACAGCGGUGCCGCAAGCACCUCCACCGACAAUCAGGGAGGAUGACGACCCGGACAUGGUCUUUGGGGAGUUACAUGACGUACCACGGCCUACGACCUCGGCUGAGCCUAAUCAGCAAACGCAGAGAUUGAGGAUGAUGUUUUCGUGCCCGGAUUUCAGUGCUGGGACGACGAGGGGUCUUGGUGGGAGUAGGAUUUUCAUGCCCGAGGUGAUUAAGGAGGAGCCGGAGGAUGCGCCUACGGAUGUAUCGUCAGAGAAUGAGGAAUCGGAUCAUGAGAGGGAUAACCAUGAGGAAAGGACGGACAAUGAUGACACAGAAGAGGCAGCUCCGAGUUGGUCCCACACGGUCACCACCCAGUCUGGUUCCGAGGGCGCCGUGAUUGGUUCCAUCCCCAUUACAACAUCAGCAUCGAGAAGUAGGAGGGGAAGCCUGAGCGAAAUGUCGUUUCAAGGAAGGAGGACAUCGUUGUUGAGCGAGUCGUUGAGGGUGGAGAAUGUGUUGCAGGAAAGCAAGGAGCCGGUUCAUACACCACUGACGAGACCCACAACGGCUCGGCCUACUACGCCUACACCUUUACCCAAGGAAGACAAAACGAAGAAGAGUGGUGAGACGGCCGUUUCGUCUUCGUUGUCAUCCAGCAAGUCUCCAAACCCAUCCCUCGCAGCACGUCCUUCUCCAAUCCUGCGCCGUCGUUCAUCCGUCAUCAACGGAAAACUCCAUUUCAACCCCUCGGCACCCUCUGUCGCAGCCCCCGCUACUUCCACUGGCACCUCCUUCACCGACGGCGCGGCCCCCAUCAUGACUAACAUGCGUUCAAGACGCAACUCAUCUGUCGACGGCAAACUCUACCUGCACGAUACCCUAGAGCGAAUCGAAGGAAGACCUAAAUUCAAGAACGAGGAAAGGGAAACACGCGAGUUCCGCGCCGCAGCGGCAGUUGCGGAGCCGGAGUUGGUUGUCGGGAAACCUGUGAAGGCACAGCUGGGAAGGAGAUCAAGUACGAGUGCAUUGCGCGACUUGGUUCGGACGGAGCCGCAGAGGCCCAAGCGGGGAGAAGUGGCGACUUUGGAACGUCGGAUGCCGGAGAAUGUGAGAGCAUUGGGAUCUGGUGGGAUUCGGCAGCCAAGUGUGAGCGUCGCGCAGGCUGAGGUGAAGGCGGACUUCGCUGUUGGAAACGAAGAGGGUGAGGCGGGUCCAAGUAAGGGACGGAGGUUGGGGAGGAAGUCAAGCGCGGCGAGUUUGCGGGAGUUGGUUGCGCUGAAGAGAGGUGGAAUUGUGGUGGAGUCUUCGAAGCCACCGACGGUUGCGGAUGUCGAGCGUCUCGAUAUCCCGGCAGACACUGGAGACAGGAGAGCUUCUGCAGCGUUUCGUCGCGAACCGGAAUUCACGCUCACGGUUCCUAAAGUCCGUCGGAGGCCGUUGAGAAGGUGGCGCUCGAACUUGUCUGUUUUGCUGGAAAAUGACUGGGAAGUUGAAACUGAGCGAUAUGGCUGUUCGCCCGACGAGGUCAAGGCAAAGCCUCCGAAGAAGGAGGGAGACGUAACAACAACGCCGGUGAGGUUGUGGAGUUUUCCGGAGAUCAUUGAGCCGCCGCAAACUCCGGAAGAACUGAGGAGCCCCAACCCGACACUUGAAAUCAUCAUGCCUCCUGGCGAGGAUGAUGACACCGAAGUUCAACCUUUCCGCAUUCCAUCAACCCACUCCUCCUCAUCCAGCCUGAGACCGAAAUGCACUAGAUGCAAUCAAACCUUCCACGGCCUCCGUAAACCCUUCACUUGCGUUGGCUGCUCUAACGAUGUUUGCCGAGCAUGCUCCUCCCGCGCUCACGCCUCUCGCGAGAAGUAUCGAUUGAGGGUGUGCAGUACCUGUUCACCCGAUGGUAUUGCGCAAAAGUUGAAAGCGCACGCAAAGGGCAAUGCGCAUCGGCGGAAUGAGAGUUGGGCGCCAGCGAGGGUGGAGAGAAAGGGGACGAAGGAGAGGGCGAAGAAGGGGUGGGGCGUCAAGAUUGUGGAGGCGAUGCUUGGGAACGGGAAUGGGUGGAUGAGUGUGCUUGGGAGUGCAAGGGGGGAGGAGGCGGUUAGGGAGGUUGGGCAAAAAGUGAGGUUGGUCAAUGCAGGAGCUUUGACGAUGUGA